AUGGAUGAGAAGCCAAAAACGGAUCUUCCAAUGCUGGAGCAGAAAGGCUUUUGCUUCCAGAUUUUCCCCCGGGUGCUCUCCUGUGCUGUUCUGCUGCUCCUGCUGGUGGCCGUGCUGAGCAGAGGCAGGAGGUGCAGCAUCGCCAAAAUCCUGCGGCAGUACCGCGCCGUCAUCUUCCAUGAGAUCCAGAACCUGAGGAACCUGACUGGCUCAGUGCACAGGAGCAGAAGGGCUGGGCCCGCUUGUCGUUCAGACAAGGAGCAGAGGAUCCUGCUGUCCAUCUACAACAUCAGCAUGUCCCUGCGGGAGCUGGGGGCCGGCACCCUGCAGGGCCCUGAGGAGCUGGCGGUCUGGAGGGUGGCCAGGAACACCGACUUUGUGCUCCGGGAGAACUGCAGGAAAAUCAGCAAGAGCCCACCGCGCACCCCCCGCCCGUCCCCGGCUCCGCCGCGGCGCGGGGCAGCCGCCCGCAGGAGGAAGAUGCUGCGGGACAUCGGCAGGAAGGCGGAGAGGCUGGCGACCUGCUGGGAGAAGCUCAAUGCCCUGCACGCACCCCGCCAAACAUCCUGGGACUCGUAGGGACGCCCUCGCCGCACGCCGGGGGAUGGAAGUGCUGCUCCAGCCCCGGGGCUGCCUGCGGCUGCUUUGGGAGCCUGGGACAAGCUCAGCCGUGAGGGCGGAGGGGCUGCUGCCAGCAGAUGCCCGAGCUGAAUCCACCCUCCUGCUCCGAGCCGUGCCCGGGCAGCACAUCCACCACCCCUGCCUGGGGCUGGCAGCUUGGUUUGCUGUGGGAUGGCUGUGGCAGAAACCUGGAGCACCAGGAACACUGGGAAGAAGAAGGGAAAGGACUAAAAAGAGAAGGUGAGGUGUGGAUUCUUAGUCGCUCCUGGCCCUGCAGCAGCUGCUGCUCUCUUGAGGACAAUGGGUGUGUUUUGGGGCAGAACGAGGACAUGUGGGGCCAGGCUCUGGGGGCUCUGCUGGAAGUGAGGCCGCAGUGCAUCUGCAGGGCUCUGAGGUUGUUAGGGCUGUGCAUGGGGACAGGUGUCCCUGAGGCACUGCUGGCAUGUGCAGAGCAGCCAGGCACCCACAGUGGACAGGGAAGUAAAGGUGCAACACUGGGGAAGCCUGGGGAGUUCUGAUCUCCAAAAAUACCAGGCAGGGUGGGGGCUUGAGGCCAAGGCUCAGCCUCAGUGAUGGGCAGCACUGUGGAGGGACCCGGCUGCUUGGCUGGGGGUGCCCCCAGCAGGGAGGGAAUGGUGGGGUGUGGGGUGAGAAGUGAAGGGCAUCCUCCCUUGUCACUGUGCUCUGCCAGCACCCUGCCUGUGGCCUCCACUGCUUUGUCGGGUAGC